UGUUGGUCGCUCUCUCCGAAUUCUCUUACCAAGGAAAAAUCCCACCUCGUAGUUUACGAAAUUUGAAUUAUGGAUUCAGAAAUUGAAAUUUCCAGAUUGCAAAUUGUUGGAUCCGAAGUGAGUGUGAACAGUUAUCGUCUUGCCCAGCGCUUCGUUUGAUACAGAGGUUGUGACCUAGAGUUGAGGAAGUUUAAUAUGGUGGUGUGUUUCAAUGCAUAUCCUUGGAAGCCCUUAAUAAUUCAUAAAUAUGAUGGAAACCCUUAGAGUCACAUGACAUAGCUAUUUCCUUGUUUUGGUGGAUAUAUGGCUAAUCAUUCUUUAGAUUUAGAUAAUUCUUCUGUUACUAUAGCAGAACAUCCUUUAGUCAUUGGGCAAGAGUUUCCAGAUGUGGAAACCUGCCGGAGAACAUUGAAAGAUAUUGCCAUAGCUAUGCAUUUUGAUCUUCGGAUAGUUAAGUCAGAUCGCAGUCGUUUUAUAGCAAAAUGCUCCAAAGAAGGGUGCCCAUGGCGUGUCCAUGUAGCAAAAUGUCCUGGUGUUCCAACUUUUACUAUAAGAACCUUGCAAGGAGAGCAUACUUGUGAGGGAGUUUGCAACCUUCAUCAUCAGCAGGCAUCAGUGGGUUGGGUUGCAAGAUCUGUAGAAGCACGCAUUCGAGAUAAUCCACAAUACAAACCAAGGGAAAUACUUCAGGAUAUUCGUGAUCAGCAUGGAGUUGCUGUUUCUUACAUGCAAGCUUGGCGUGGGAAGGAGCGAAGCAUGGCUGCACUUCAUGGAACAUUUGAAGAAGGUUACCGUCUUCUCCCUGCAUACUGUGAGCAAAUAAGGAAAACCAACCCUGGUAGCAUUGCAUCUGUUGUUGCCACUGGACAAGAAAAUUGCUUUCAACGCCUGUUUAUUUCUUAUCGUGCAUCAAUUUAUGGGUUUAUAAAUGCGUGUAGGCCACUUUUAGAGCUUGACAAAGCACAUCUUAAAGGAAAAUACCUAGGUACAUUACUUUGUGCUGCAGCUGUUGAUGCUGAUGAUGCUUUGUUUCCUUUGGCCAUUGCUGUUGUCGAUACUGAAAGUGAUGAAAACUGGAUGUGGUUCAUGUCAGAAUUGCGAAAGCUUCUAGGAGUAAACACUGAAAACAUGCCUAGACUGACGAUACUAUCUGAAAGGCAAAGAGGCAUGGUGGAGGCAGUAGAAACACAUUUUCCUAGUGCCUCUCAUGGUUUCUGUCUGCGUUAUGUUAGUGAAAAUUUUCGAGAUACAUUUAAAAACACAAAGUUGGUGAACAUCUUUUGGAAUGCUGUUUAUGCCCUCACAGCUGCUGAAUUUGAAAGCAAGAUCAAUGAGAUGAUAGAAAUAUCACAGGAUGUUAUAUCUUGGUUUCAACUCUUUCCUCCCCAUCUCUGGGCUGUGGCAUACUUUGAUGGUGUUCGAUAUGGCCAUUUCACACUUGGGGUAACAGAAUUGUUGUAUAACUGGGCCCUUGAAUGUCAUGAGCUCCCUAUAGUGCAGAUGAUGGAACACAUCCGACAGCAGAUGGCAAUUUGGUUUAAUGAUCGGCAGGAUAUGGGCAUGAGGUGGACAUCAAUUCUUGUACCGUCUGCUGAGAAGCGUAUUUUGGAGGCAAUUGCUGAUGCUCAUUGCUAUCAAGUACUCCGGGCAAAUGAAGUUGAAUUUGAAAUUGUGUCAACUGAGAGGACCAAUAUUGUGGAUAUACGUAGUCGUGAGUGCUCUUGUCGGCGUUGGCAGCUGUAUGGUUUACCUUGUGCCCAUGCUGCUGCUGCACUUAUUUCUUGUGGGCACAAUGCCCAUAUGUUUGCUGAACCAUGCUUCACUGUACAAAGUUACAGAAUGACCUAUUCACAGACGAUAAAUCCUAUUCCAGAGAAGAUUCAAUGGAGAGAACAGGGUGAAGGAGCAGAAGGUGGAGGAGGUGCAAGGGUUGAUAUCAUAAUUCGCCCGCCAAAGACUCGCCGACCACCUGGAAGGCCUAAAAAGAAGGUUCUACGAGUGGAGAACUUUAAGCGUCCCAAAAGAGUUGUUCAAUGCGGUCGCUGCCAUAUGCUAGGACAUUCUCAAAAGAAAUGUGCAAUGCCCAUUUGACAAAAUUAGUUUAAUUGUUAAAAUAUCUCUUGUUUCAGCAACUUUACGGCAAAUAGAAGUAAUGUUAUGUUUGUAUUGUAAUUUAAAUGUAUGCUGAACCAGUCAGUGGUAAAAUAAGGAUACAUUAGUUUUUGGCAUAUUUCCCAUCAAGUCGUCUUGCUAUGGUUGUGGGCUGUGUGCAUGCUCUGUUUUCUCUUG